AUGGUGCCAUCUUUUCUCAUGAGAUUCCACUUUUUCUUCUUUUCAGCUUUUCUUAGUGUCACACUGGCGAAGCACGUUCAGAAUGAACAAUACGAAGUGAAAAUUAAAGAAUUAGGAUCCUGUAGCGAGAAGACACGAGAAGCCGGCUUAUUCUUCACAGUAAAUCAUUUCAAACCCUGCACACUUUCCAUGAAAAUCCCCAAUGAGAGAAUGGGUAGAUUGACGAUGGUAAAUCUCGACGAGUUCUGCGAAGAGAACAGCGUAAAACUCUUCAACAAAGUCGAAAAAACGGUGAUCGAUUUGUGCGAGAAAGACGCGAUUCGAAAUCCGAUUUUCCAUCUCGCACCCGGUCAUCACUCGCUCGUCUACAAGUCGAUCUCGACCACGCAACUCUACUUCUCACUCACUUUCAUCAACACCACACUUUACUGUGGUGAUCGGAUCCAUCUCAAUCAACUCGAUUUCCCAUUGACAUUGAAGAAUCAGAAGAGAGAUGGAGAAAAAAUGAGUAACGAUUGGUGUGAGGUGCAAAUCCCGGGAUCUGUCUCCAUUCAUUUUGAGCCAUUCACAAAGCAGGAGGUUAAGCACCGCUCGCGAAUCAUCUUACAGCAAGGGACACACACGAAACAAAUGCUCAAACAGACCUCCUUUUAUCCAGAAACGCAUUCAAAAGACGUGAAAGUGAAUUGUGGAGUUGGAUUGCUUUUGGUGGAAUCGCCGCUCAUUUCCACUCUCAAUUUCACCGUCAAAUAUUUAAAAGACGAUUUUCUCGAACGCUUAUCGCUUGAUUGU